AAAAAGGACAAAACACUGAGUGGAAGACAUUCACCUUGAAUCAACACAGAGAAGAUUGGCGACUCUUUCUGAGACAAAGAGCUGCUAAAUAGAUAAUUAGAGUAGCCCAAACUCUGUUUAGCAGAUGUUCCCAUCUCCGAGGAACUGAAGCAAGGUCUAAUUUCAUGAAGAAUGGAAAGAAGGUCUUCUAGAUAAGAAGAAAACAGACUAGCUUUUGGGAGGAAGAUAAAAUCUUCCAAGGAAUUCCAAGGGAGGACUGGCUAUGAAAGCUUGGUUGUUCCAGUAAGGACAUCCUCGAAACUGAAUGUAAUCCGUGCCAGGAGACACGGACAUUAUACCUGGAAAUUUCAACGGGGAAAAAAAUGGGCAAAGAAAGCUUGAAGAAAAGAAAAGGAGAGCACAAAGGAGGAGAGGAUGGACAAUCCAUUCAGAGCCAUGUACCCCAAACGAUGAACCUACAAAAGCAGGUGGGCCUCAUUAGUGGAAUCUGUAUGAUUGUUGGUACAAUUAUUGGCUCUGGUAUCUUCGUUUCUCCAAAAUCAGUGCUUGCCAAUGUUGAAGCUGUGGGUCCUUGUUUAACCAUCUGGGCAGCCUGUGGAGUUCUGGCAACAUUAGGUGCACUUUGUUUUGCUGAGCUUGGUACAAUGAUCACAAAGUCUGGGGGAGAAUAUCCUUACCUUAUGGAGGCAUUUGGCCCAAUUCCAGCAUUUUUGUUUUCUUGGACGAGUCUCCUGGUUACAAAACCCAGUUCAUUUGCAAUCAUCAGUCUCAGCUUCGCGGAAUACGCAUCAGCUCCUUUUUAUCCAGGUUGUGAUCCGCCCCAAGUCGUCAUCAAAUGUCUUGCAGCAGCUGCUAUUGUGGUAAUAACAAUUGUGAAUUCAUUGAGUGUGAAGCUGGGAAGUUACCUCCAGAAUUUUCUCACAGCUGCUAAAAUGAUCAUUGUUACAAUCAUUAUUGUAAGUGGAAUUGUUCUCCUUGCACAAGGAAAAACUGAAAACUUCAAAGAUUCUUUCAAGGACAGUAAAAUUUCUGCUAGCUCUAUCAGUUUGGCAUUUUAUAAUGGACUCUGGGCAUAUGAUGGAUGGAAUCAACUCAAUUACAUCACAGAAGAACUUAAAAAUCCUUACAGAAAUCUGCCACUGUCUAUAAUUAUUGGAAUCCCCUUGGUUACGGUUUGUUACGUUCUGAUAAACAUUUCCUAUUUCACCGUAAUGACUUCAACAGAACUCCUGCAGUCCCAGGCAGUUGCUGUGACAUUUGGAAAUAGAGUCCUUUAUCCAGCCACCUGGGUAGUUCCUCUCUUUGUGGUAUUUUCGACACUCGGAUCUGCCAAUGGCACCUGUUUUACUGCAGGCAGACUUGUUUAUGUUGCAGGUCGUGAAGGGCACAUGCUAAAGGUACUAUCUUACAUUAGUGUGAAGCGUUUAACACCAGCACCUGCUAUCAUAUUUUAUGGGGCCAUUACUAUUAUUUAUAUUAUUCCUGGAGACAUUAAUUCACUCAUAAAUUACUUUAGUUUUGCAGUCUGGAUAUUUUAUGGUUUAACUAUACUUGCACUAAUUGUUAUGAGGUUUACAAGGAAGGAACUCAAGAGACCUAUCAGGGUACCCAUCAUCAUUCCUGUCAUAGUGACAGGGGUCUCAGUUGUACUGGUAUUGGCACCAAUCAUCAGUGCACCUGAACUGGCCUAUUUGUACUGUACUUUAUUUAUACUCAGUGGACUUAUAUUUUAUGCACUUUUUGUUCAUUUUAAAUUCAGCUGGGCACAAAAAAUAUCAGAGCCCGUCACUAUGCACCUCCAGAUGCUUUUGGAAGUUGUUCCAGAAGAGGAAAUUACUGAAUGAAGUAUUUUAUAUCUACCAGGUUGUUUUUAAGUGCUGUACUAGUUGAAGUAGAUUCAAUUUAGUUUGGCACAUAUAUAUACUUGCUAAAUUGUUAUGUUCGUACUGGUGUAUUAGUUUUGCAACACUUUAGUACUUCAAAGCAUUAAAUAUAUAUAAUAAAAGAUUUCUAAGCC